AUGUCUUCUGAUAUCGACAAAAAUUUAUGUAGUAAUAAACUUAAGUAUUCCCCUUUUGCAUCGCAAGUUAAUGAGUCAACAGACAUUAUCAACAAGGCACAACUCUUAGCAUUCAUUCGUUUUAUCGAUGAAGAGCACAUAAGAGGCCUUGAUGGCAAAAAAGAAACAUUAAGAGAGGAACUAAAAGAGGUUUUAAAUAAAGUUGUUCAGAUGGUAAACUUUAUUGAAACAAGACCUGUCAAAUCUCGUAUAUUCGAACAGUUGUGUACCGAUAUGGAUUCUCAACACAAACGGCUGCUUUUACACACCGAAGUAAGGUGGAUGUCAAGAGGAAAAAUACUUACUCGUGUACACGAGCUACGACACGAACUUCUUGUGUUCUUUGAAGAAAUGAAACAAUCUAAUUUUUGUGACCUUUUUCGUUCCGAAGUUUGGAUUUCCAGGUUACAGUUUUUGGCCGAUAUAUUUCAGCAGCUCAAUAUUUUAAAUACUAGCAUGCAAGGGAAAAAAGAAAACAUUGUAAUGUCCACUGACAAAAUGAAAGCUUUCGAAAGAAAAAUUAAGAUUUGGAAACGAUAA